AUGACCAUCUGCCCAGGUCUGUGUGGGGAGUUAGCUGUCACGCCAUUCCGCGUCUUCUUGGGAACUCUCCCCACACUCGCUCUGGAGGAGCGCUUUUUACGACAACUACAGCCAGUGCACGCAUGGUACAGUAGUCGCAAACGUGUGAAGGAGCAGGCGAAUGAAUUCAUUGAAAUUGACCUAGCCUCGUGUGAUUUGGAGCUGCUCUUGCGCUACUCGCAUGUUUACUACGUGAGACGUCAGUUGUUUGACGAGGCAAUUGAUAAACAGCUCACGCUUCUGGAUACGGGUAAGGCGCCAAAGAUGGCCGAGCCAGCGAUGCUGCAGUGUCUGCAUGCCUGUAAUACGGAUAUAGGCGAGCGAUUGCACUAUGAAGUGAUGAAGCUGCAAGCGUCAAAGAAGGCAGCGUGCGUUCCCAACAGACGCGAGUUGGACCCCAGCCUUCCUCUGGAGAUUUACGACUACACGUGUAUGAUGCGAAUGGUGGAAGAAGACAUGUGUGGGGUUGAGGAUGCGGAGAUGAGGGCACGGUCGUAUCUUCCGCGUAGUCUGGUCGAGGCGAAGGUGCAACACCUCACAGAGAAGUUACUGGGUUCCGACGCCAAAGGGGCCUUGGAGAAGAGGGAGAUCAAACUGUUAAACCGCAUGGUUCCACCAGAUUACAUCAAAGUUGGAUGUGUUGAGAAACUACGCCCGUGUGAUGUGACUGCGUAUUUUCGUUUUUACGGCGAGCGCAUCAGUAAGGCGAGCACAGAGAAUUAUUUCAAGCGAGCCCUUUGGGGUCAUGUAUACCGUAAGUAUGCGACAACUCCCUCCUUCCUACGAGGUAUUUCCAUGUAUUGGGCACGGCACAGCGGGUUAGACACCUCUGCUCACGCAACCACCAUGCCACAGGAUCUUGCAGUUGCAGUUUGCAAACAACAAACUCUUUUUUCUGCCAUUAAGUUUCGGUCGCAGUACAUGUACGCGUCUCCGGAUUUGGCACGUCAGCUCUGGCGAAGGGAUGUGGUAAUUCCACUUAUGCGUCUAUUUCCUCUGAUGGGGGCACAAGCCGCGGAGGAUCUGGCUGCCAGUGUCCUCGUGGAUGCGUUCUGGGCACGACUGCCAAUAAGUGAUGAGGAAAAUCUUCUCAACGACUCUAUCGUUCGCUUAGUGCGUCAGUUUGUAGACGAAACCAGCAACAUCUACGAAGCCAGUACAGAGGCGGUGCUGAAGCGUGUGGAAGAAGGGUGUAGGUUGGCAGUGCCGCAUCUAACAGCGGAGGAGGUGCAACGGAUGAAUCCAACGCAGGACGAAAAAGUCACAAAUGAGGCAGUUGCAUAA